GCAACCCUUGAAGAGAAAAAGCAAGAAGAUUCAAGAGCUCCAGGAUUUAUUAGAGGAAAAAAAGUGUGAUUAAGAAUGCCCAGGGUGAGAAGGAGGGUCACAGACAGAGGAUUCCCAUUUCAUAUUUUGGUGAAAGCCUCCAACGUCAUCAGGGAUGAAGGCACAGCGGUUAGGGCAGUGGCUAGAGACUUUGGGAUCUGUCACACCACACUGUACAGGUUUCACAAAAAGAGAGAGAGACUACAAGAAGAAGGACAUAAAUUACCAGCUGUUGGCUACUGGAGCAGCAGGAGAGUGUUUACAAAUGAACAAGAGGAGAAGGUCGGGCUGUAUUUAAAAGAGGCAGCUGACCUUUACUUUGGAUUAUGUCCCAAACAGGUUAGGAGGUUUGCUUAUCAGCUGGCCAUUCACUAUGGGUGCAAAUUCCCUGAGCAGUGGAGAGAAAAGGCUAUGGCUGGUGAAGACUGGUUCUCUGGUUUUAUGAAGAGGAACAAUGGCCUCUCAAUUAGACGGCCACAUGUCUCAAGUCUGUCAAGAGCCUCCAGCUUCCACCAGGCCAAUGUGGACAAAUUCUUUGACAAUCUCAGCAAAGUUCUUGAGAAGCACGGGUUUGCACCUCAGGACAUUUGGAACGUUGAUGAAUUGGGCAUAACAGCUCAGACCCCCGAUAAGGGUUUGCUCAGGCGUGGAGAGGAGCAGGUGGGGGCUCUUACCUCAACUGAGCGAAGCACACUGGUCACAAUCACUUUCUCAGGGAAUGUGAUUGGAAAUACAUUACCACCAAUGUUUAUUUUCCCAACGAUCCAUUUCAAGCCCCACUUUAUCCGUUAUAGAGCGACAGGCUGUAUAGGAACAGCCAAUCACACUGGAUGGAUGCAGGAGGCUGACUUCCUUGUGUUCUUGAAACACUUCCAGAUGCACACUUGUAGCUCCCCAGAGUCUAAAGUUCUGCUGAUUUUGGAAAAUCACCCUUCGCACCUUUCCAUUGAGAGUUUAAACUACUGCCAUAGCAAAGGUAUUGUGCUGCUGUCAUUGCCGCCACAUAGUUUUCAUAAACUGCAACCUCUUUACAGGACUGUGUAUGGGCAAAUGAAAAAGGCAAUGAUGGUGGCCUAUGAAUCAUGGAUAAAAAGUCAUCCUGGCAUGAUGAUGACCAUCUAUGACAUCCCAAGCAUUGUCAAGGAGUCUCUCCGUGUUUCUGCAACGCCAUCAAAUUUGCAGGAGGGGUUCCGCUGCACAGGGAUCUGGCCAUUCAGCAGGGAUGUUUUCAAAGAACCUGAAUGUUCUCCUCCCCUGGUGAACAAUCAAUCUCUAUUCUUUAACUCUGGGUCUACAUCAGCGGCACCUGUGGCCUCCACAUCACCACCACUAGCUGUAUCUGCUCCUGCACCCUCAAUGACUCCUUCUCCAGCCUCAUCUGUAGCCUCCACAUCUUACCCAGUCCUUAACUACUUACUGUUCUACAGUGGAUGUCUGGCCACAUGCAAAAGCAGGCUGCAGAAAGAUGAACACGAAGGGCAAGAAAUGGCGAUCCACUGCCCUUCUGACUAACACACCAGAAGAAGAGGCAAAUGUACAACAUUUAUCUCAAGAAGGCUAAAAAAAAGAAAAAAGCUGAAGAAAAUAUUACUGAAUCAGAAGAAGAGGAAGACAGGACUUUGUCUCAUUUUUUCAAAAUGAAGGGAAGUCUGGUUCCAGUGCUGGAGCUGUAAAUCUUGGACACAUGAGGAGGUGAUGUGUACAAAUCUGACUGACUGGCUCAUUAUCAUUAAAACUUUAGUUUCAGUUUGGAUGUUUUUUUUUUUAACGGCACUAGGGGCUGGUUUUUCUGACAGUAGGCUGACAGGAAAGGGGGUAUGAGAGAGGAGGUAGAGACAUGCAGCAAAGGACCACAGGCCGGAUUCAAACCCGGAUCGGGGACUACAUGGGUCGUGUGCAAUAACCACUGCGUCAGCUGCACACCCACAAAAAGAUACUUUUAACAGUUGCAAAAUUUCAUCUGUAUAAAGUACAUCAUAUAUUCAUGUUGACAUUUUUUUACUAUUCUUUUGCGAAAAUGAUGAUAAUCUUUACAGAAAGUUUUGACUAGAUAUAAAGUGGGAUCGUUUUUAAGCUGCAUUUUUAAAAGAUUAUGGAUAUUAUUUUGUUAAAUAAAAGUUUUAUAAGUAGAUAUUACAGUUUCUACUGUUAAGUCUUUCGUUUUCUUUUGCAAUCGUUUUGGAAGUCCAGUUUUUUUUUUCAAC